AUGUCUCCAGCAAACGUUUCAGAAUCGACCUCUUUUCCUCUAGUUUCGAAAGCUCUCCCCAUCUACACUGUGAAGGUUGUGGAAGAGAAGGUGAUUCCUGUUCAUCUAAGCAACACCAAGAACAAGAAAGGUUGUAUGAUGGGAGCCAAAUUGUCACCUUCGAUCAACACCAUUUUCCCCAUCUAUCACCCUAGGGAAAUCCAGGUUGGAAUUGAUGAAACCUCCGCCGCAAUACCUGGUAUACCUCGGAAGGUUUUCAUCAAUGGGCAAUUACAACCCAGCUUCUACAAGAUAGUCUAUUCUGGCGAUGUGACUGGGACAACAAGAGAGAUUACCGCAUAUUCCAGAAUCCACAUGGCCAACUUCGACCCCACAGUCCUCACAUCAGAAUUAAACGGAAUCGUCCAGGAUGACAAGGGAAAUAUACUAGGCUUACUUCUCUCAUACAUCGAAUGUGGUGGAGCGACACUAUAUCGCAUAGAUGGACAAGAUCCCAAUGGGUUGAUCAAAUUUCACACACGCUUGAGCGCUGUCCAUGAACCCGAAAUCAUCUGGGGAGAUGCUAAGGCUGCUAAUGUGCUUCUUGAAUUUAACGGUGAUGCAUAUUUGGUUGAUUUUGGAGGGGAGUAUACUAAAGGCUGGGUUGAGAAGGAGAAGUCCAACUCCAUUGAGAGAGAUCUUCAGGGACUUGGGAACAUCAAGCGAUGGCUCUUUAAUUUUGAGUCUUAA